CUGCGGUUCGUCGGGAGGUUUUUGAUGUGACUCCCGUGUCUGCUAAGCACAACAACAUUGGCUCUGCUGUCUUGCCUCUUUGUAGCCAAGUUGCAUCACUUAAAACGCCUCCUUCUCUACCUCUGUACCUACUAAAUGGCGGGGAACUUCUGGCAAAGUUCUCACUAUCUGCAGUGGGUUCUGGACAAGCAGGACCUGAUGAAAGAGCGCCAGAAGGACCUGAAGUUUCUCUCGGAAGAGGAGUACUGGAAGCUGCAGAUUUUCUUUGCCAACGUGAUCCAGGCUUUAGGGGAACACCUGAAGCUUCGGCAGCAGGUCAUCGCUACUGCAACUGUGUACUUCAAGCGCUUCUACGCCAGGUAUUCCCUGAAGAGCAUCGACCCGGUGCUCAUGGCUCCUACCUGUGUUUUCUUGGCUUCUAAAGUUGAGGAAUUUGGAGUUGUGUCCAAUACGAGGCUGAUCUCCGCGGCAACAUCCGUGUUGAAAACCAGAUUUUCCUACGCCUUUCCAAAGGAGUUCCCUUACAGAAUGAAUCAUAUAUUAGAAUGUGAGUUCUACCUUCUGGAGUUGAUGGACUGCUGCCUGAUCGUGUACCACCCGUACAGACCGCUGCUGCAGUACGUGCAGGAUAUGGGACAGGAAGACAUGCUGCUGCCGCUGGCCUGGCGAAUAGUGAACGACACGUACAGGACGGAUCUGUGUCUGCUCUACCCCCCCUUCAUGAUUGCCUUGGCCUGUCUGCAUGUCGCGUGUGUGGUGCAGCAGAAAGAUGCCAGGCAGUGGUUUGCAGAGCUCUCAGUGGACAUGGACAAAAUCCUGGAGAUCAUCCGUGUCAUUCUAAAGCUCUAUGACCAGUGGAAGAAUUUUGAUGACAGAAAGGAGAUCGCUGCUGUGCUGAACAAGAUGCCUAAGCCCAAACCCCCCCCGAACAGUGAGAGUGACCAGAGCUCCAACGGGAACCAAAGCAACUCCUACAGCCAGUCCUAGCGGCGCGCGCUCGUGUCUGUGGGGGUCCGUAAUGCUGAUGUAGAGGAGGGGGAAUCUUUUUGAAUGUCGCACAGUGUGAUCGUUGUGACGUUAGCAUCACAUUUCAGCCCACCAAGAUGCCCCUUUGUCUGUGACCGACACCCCCGACCAACCGCGUGUUCGCUCCUCCCUCCUCUGGUCGUCGUGGGUUUCUGGGUUGGACGAGCAGCCGCUGAAACAUCUCCAUGACGUUCUGUACUCCGCUCCGCACUUGAAGUGAACUUAAAGCUGAGGAACAUGCGAGGGGGCCGGGAGGGGGGAGGGAGCUGUGAACAUGGCGAGGAAAUGAUAAACCAGAUGUGAUGGUUCAGAAGAAACCUGCUUCAAUGUCAUCGUGAUGAUCCUGACAAUCUUGAACAGCCCCGAGGAGCGAAUCCUUGGAUGUGGGAUUCAAGAAAACUUGAUCACACGUGUGUGUGUGUGUGUGUGUGUGUGUGUGUGUGUGUCUGGGUUGGUUUUCAUUCCUCAGGGACUUUAAUAGUCUUUCUUCUCUGUAAAAAUGUUGGGACUGUGCAGAUGUGAUUGGAUAACUUUGCCCUGCAAGAUCUCUGCUGGCUGAUCAUGAACGUGGGUUCACCACUAUGGUAAAAAAUACUUUUGGAGUUUUUCUUUUUAAUACAAUAAUUGACUGUUUUGAAUCAUGUCAACGAUCUCCCCCCUCUUCCCUUUUUGUAAAUACACUUAUAGCUCAUUUAAUUUGAUCCUUCGUGUUUUGGCUCUAUUAGGGAAUGUAAAUGAAGUCAUUAGGUUGUGUAGCUUUGUGCUAGUGCAUCAAAAUAAAAGGGCCCUUGUUUGUUUUACCAUCAGGAUUCUGUUUGUCCGCGGCAAAGCUUCUUCAUUUAAUUGCGAUGGUUUCAUUCAUCAUGCUCCUGGUUGUAGACUGAGUUGUCUAAAGAUAUACUUUGUUCAUUUGUCAGGAAUGGCCAAAUACAAACUACAAUCGUUCUAGAUUCGCUGCAAACUUUGGGUUGUACGUUCUUAUUCUUCGUCUGCCAUCUAUUACAUUGCUUUAUCGUGGCAGUGCGUCUGCAUGUGACCGUAGAUGUGUGUGUUUUGGGAUGUAAUGCGGUGGGAGCUGUGAGGCUGUAUUCUAAACAAGGUGCUUGAGAGCCAAUGAAAGCUGCUGGUUUCAGAGCGGACACCCUUCACGAGAACAGGGUUCCACUCACUAAAUACAUCUUUAUGCUUGAUUGUCGUCACAUUACUUGGACGCAUCUUUUUCCCCUCCUUGGCAAACCAACUGAAAAGGUACGAACACACUGUGUUGAUGCCACUAGCCGGAAGAGACGAGGAGGACGGGGACACUGAGACAGGUUGUUAUGCUUUGCUCCUGCAGCCUCCUUCUGUCCAAUGACUGCACAUCACUGGGUUGUAUUAUGUAAAGGGCUUCGCCAGGACCAAAUAAUCCUACUACUUCUGGUCAAACCCCAAUUUCCAUAAUGGUUUUAUUACUUGAAAGUCUUUGCCUAUCAUCAUUUAUGGUAAUAAAAACGUUUGAUGUGCAAAACUAAA